GAUCAGGAAGAGCGAAGUGGUCCCUGAACGUCUCAUCGAUUCACACAUUCUCCAUCUUCCUCCGACCGGGCAAAGGACUAACCUUCGUCCUGCGCACAUUUUUGAAAGAUUUGACCGAUCGUCAUCCCUCAUUCCGACUACAAGAACUACAAUUAUGACUGACUCCAAAUAUUUCACAACAAACAAAAAAGGGGAGAUCUUUGAGCUGAAGGCAGAGCUGAACAAUGAGAAGAAGGAGAAGCGAAAGGAGGCGGUCAAGAAGGUCAUCGCCGCCAUGACGGUGGGCAAAGAUGUCAGCUCUUUGUUCCCGGAUGUGGUCAACUGCAUGCAGACCGACAACCUGGAGCUGAAGAAGCUGGUGUACCUCUACUUGAUGAACUAUGCCAAGAGCCAGCCGGACAUGGCCAUCAUGGCGGUCAAUAGCUUCGUCAAGGACUGCGAGGACCCAAACCCCCUCAUUCGGGCCCUGGCCGUCCGCACUAUGGGCUGCAUCCGAGUGGACAAGAUCACGGAGUACCUGUGUGAGCCACUGAGGAAGUGUCUGAAGGACGAGGACCCGUACGUGAGGAAGACUGCGGCCGUGUGCGUGGCCAAGCUUCACGACAUCAACGCCCAGAUGGUGGAGGACCAGGGCUUCUUGGACUCGCUGAGGGAUCUCAUCGCCGACUCCAACCCCAUGGUCGUCGCCAACGCCGUGGCCGCCCUGUCGGAGAUCAGCGAGUCUCACCCCAACAGCAACCUGCUGGACCUCAACCCCCAGAACAUCAACAAGCUGCUGACGGCCCUUAACGAGUGCACGGAGUGGGGUCAGAUCUUCAUCCUGGACUGCCUGUCUAACUACAACCCCAAAGAUGAGCGUGAGGCUCAGAGCAUUUGCGAGCGCGUCACUCCCCGGCUCUCCCACGCCAACUCUGCCGUGGUUCUGUCGGCGGUCAAGGUGCUGAUGAAGUUCCUGGAGCUUCUGCCCAAAGACUCUGACUACUACAACACCUUGCUGAAGAAGCUAUCUCCGCCCCUCGUCACCUUGCUCUCCGGAGAGCCCGAGGUCCAGUACGUGGCGCUGAGGAACAUCAACCUCAUAGUGCAGAAAAGGCCUGAGAUCCUGAAGCAGGAAAUCAAAGUGUUCUUCGUCAAGUACAACGACCCCAUUUAUGUGAAACUGGAGAAACUGGACAUCAUGAUCCGCUUGGCCUCUCAGGCUAACAUUGCCCAGGUGCUGGCUGAGUUAAAGGAAUACGCCACAGAAGUGGAUGUUGACUUUGUGCGCAAGGCUGUACGCGCCAUUGGCCGUUGUGCUAUCAAAGUUGAGCAAUCGGCAGAGCGCUGUGUCAGCACCUUGCUGGACCUCAUCCAGACCAAAGUCAACUACGUGGUUCAGGAGGCCAUUGUGGUCAUCAGGGACAUCUUCCGCAAGUACCCCAACAAGUACGAGAGCAUCAUCGCCACACUCUGUGAGAAUUUGGAUUCUCUGGAUGAGCCAGACGCUCGUGCCGCCAUGAUCUGGAUCGUCGGCGAGUACGCGGAGAGGAUCGACAACGCCGAUGAGCUCCUGGAGAGCUUCCUGGAGGGCUUCCAUGAUGAAAGCACGCAGGUGCAGCUCACUCUGCUGACCGCCAUCGUCAAGCUCUUCCUGAAGAAGCCAUCUGAGACGCAGGAGCUGGUGCAGCAGGUCCUCAGCCUGGCCACUCAGGACUCGGACAACCCGGACCUGCGUGACCGAGGCUACAUCUACUGGCGCCUGCUCUCCACCGACCCGGUCACCGCCAAGGAGGUGGUGCUGUCCGAGAAGCCUCUCAUCUCCGAGGAGACGGAUCUGAUCGAGCCCACUCUGCUGGAUGAGCUGAUCUGCCAUAUCGGCUCCCUGGCCUCGGUCUAUCACAAGCCGCCCAGCGCCUUUGUGGAGGGCAGCCACGGAAUCCACCGGAAACACCUCCCGGUCCAGCACAGCAGCAUCGACACAGGCGAGAGUCCAGUGAGCGGCGGGCCAGCGGCCACCAUGGACCAGCCACACGUCAUCCCCAGCCAGGGCGACCUGCUGGGUGACCUUCUCAACCUGGACCUGGGCCCUCCUGUCAACGUGCCCCAGGUGUCCUCCAUGCAGAUGGGCGCAGUGGACCUCCUGGGAGGGGGCCUGGACAGCUUGCUGGGGGGAGACCUCGGCGGAGGUGUUGGUGGAAGUCCAGCUGUGGGCCAGAACUUCAUCCCCUCGUCCGUUCCUAGCACGUUUGCUCCGUCGCCCACUCCGGCACCUCCGGCUGUCAGCAGCAGCGGCCUCAAUGACUUGUUUGAGCUCUCCACGGGCAUGGCCAUCGCAUCUGGAGGCUACGUGGCGCCCAAAGCUGUGUGGUUGCCCGCGGUGAAAGCCAAGGGACUGGAGAUCUCUGGAACGUUCUCUCGCCGCCAGGGCCACAUGUACAUGGACAUGACUUUCACCAACAAGGCCCUGCAGCACAUGACCGACUUUGCCGUCCAGUUCAACAAAAACAGCUUCGGCAUGAUCCCCACAAGCCCGCUGCCCGUUCACACUCCGCUGAUGCCCAGCCAGAGCAUUGACCUCUCUUUGCCCAUCAACACCAUCGGACCAGUCAUGAAGAUGGACCCUCUCAACAAUCUGCAGGUGGCUGUGAAGAACAACAUCGACGUCUUCUACUACAGCGUGCUCAUCCCGCUCAACAUUUUCUUCGUGGAGGAUGGGAAAAUGGAGCGCCAGGUGUUCCUUGCCACCUGGAAAGACAUCCCCAAUGAGAACGAGCUGCAGUACCAGAUAAAGGAGUGCCACCUAAAUGCAGACAUGGUGUCCGGCAAGCUGCAGAACAACAACAUCUACACCAUCGCCAAGAGGAACGUGGAGGGUCAGGACAUGCUCUACCAGUCCCUCAAACUCACCAACGGCAUUUGGAUCUUGGCUGAGCUCCGCAUCCAACCGGGCAAUCCCAACUACACGCUGUCUCUCAAGUGUCGGGCCCCGGAAGUGUCUCAGUACGUGUUCCAGAUGUACGACGCGGUGCUGAAGAACUGAGCGGCUCGCUUCUCCGGACCCGGCCUCGAACACGGCAGUGUUAGCUCCCUGCCAAACAAAAAAUUAAAAAAAACAAAAAACAAGACCAAUAGAUGAAAAGGUAAAUGUGAUAUAACCAUAAUGCAAAUGUCUUGUUAGACACAAUUAGGCGUUCUUUCACAAUAAGAGUUUUUAUUUUGGGACACUUAAUUAUUAACCAUCCAUGAUUUUUUUUUUAGCUUCUGGUGUCAAUCAUUCCAUCCUUAAGUGUCUUAAUGUUGUGACUGACGGUGAAAGUAGUUUAUUUUUGAUACUAGCUUCUUCUUUUCGCCUGCAAUGAUCCCACCAUCGAUGUCAUGCUUCUGAUAUCGCUGACUCAGCACUCCAUCUUUUGGGUUAGUUGACACGUAGUGUUACAUCUGGGUUCACCACCACUCAAGUCGACAUUUAUCACUGUAAAGUAACAAAAGUGUCGGAAGCAGCACUAUUGCACGCUCAUACUGUAUUUAUUGUUCAUCUACCUCUUCAUGUUCCCUCUUUUCCUCUUCUUGACUUUCUUUUCUCGUACUUUUAGUCCUGCCAGUCGACGCAACCUCACAGGAGUUUCUUUUCUCCUACUUUUUGCCCUGCCAGUCGAUGCAACCUCACAGGACCGAGCAUUGACUUGGCAAAGUGAAAAGCUGAUGACGUUGUGUGUCUGCUACAAAGUACGCUACAUUGGCAUUCCUUCACACAAUUGCGCCUACGUGUGUAAUCACUUGUGUUGCUGACAUUACUGUGUACAAAAAAUAAGUGUCCAUUUUUAUGCCCACUCGUGGAUGUUCACCACUUUAGAAACCGUGACUCGCAGGGUUAUGUAUUUUUAUGCACAUCUAACCGCACUCCCAAAACGCAAAGAUCAUGUGUUGUUGCAUCGUCGCUGAGAUGAUUUGUUUCUGCAGCAGCGCGUCAAUAAAGUGUCGCCAUGCAUUG